CUCAAAUCCACAAACAUAUUUCACUCGCACUUAACUAGACCUCACUCCUUCUAAGCUGAAAAAAUGUUUCGUCUUUCGGAUCACAAUGACUUCUUUUCUCGUCGACGUGUCUGGGUAAAUGGUCCGGUCAUAGUGGGGGCUGGACCAUCUGGCCUAGCUGUAGGAGCUUGCCUUCAAGAACAAGGGGUACCCUUUGUAAUCCUUGAAAGAGCUGAUUGCAUAGCAUCGCUAUGGCAGAAACGCACCUAUGAUCGCCUAAAGCUUCACCUCCCAAGCAAUUCUGCCAACUACCUAAACUCCCAUUCCCUGAACACUUUCCUGAAUACCCAACAAAGAAACACUAAAUAUGAUGAGGCAUGUCGGUUGUGGCGGGUUAAGACUGUCUCAAGCACCGGUUCCACACAAACUGAGGUUGAAUACAUUUGUCAAUGGCUUAUCGUCGCAACCGGAGAGAAUGCAGACCGUGUGAUGCCAGAUAUUAAAGGAUUACAAGAGUUUGGAGGCGAAGUAAUACAUGCUUGUGACUACAAGUCUGGUGAGAAAUUUCAUGGAAAGAAAGUUCUAGUCGUGGGAUGUGGAAAUUCAGGCAUGGAAGUCUCUCUUGAUCUUUGCAAUCACGACGCCAAACCAUCAAUGGUGGUUCGUAGCUCGGUUCACGUAUUGCCAAGGGAAAUCUUUGGGAAAUCAACAUUCGAACUGGCCAUGUUUAUGAUGAAGUGGUUACCACUUUGGCUUGUUGAUAGGAUGUUAUUGGUUCUGACAUGGUUCAUUCUUGGAAAUAUUGAGAACUACGGGAUAAAAAGACCAUCAGUUGGUCCAUUGGAGCUCAAGAACACUCAAGGAAAGACUCCUGUUCUAGAUAUUGGUGCAUUGGAAAAGAUCAGAUCCGGUGAAAUCAAUGUGGUUCCCGGAAUCAAGAGGCUCUCAAGUGGUAUGGUUGAGCUCCUUAAUGGCAAAAAGCUCAAAAUCGAUUCAGUCGUUUUGGCUACUGGAUAUUGCAGUAAUGUCCCUUACUGGCUACAGGAAACUGAAUUCUUCUCCAAGAAUGGGUUCCCAAAGGCACCGUUCCCUAACGGGUGGAAAGGAAAGGCUGGACUCUAUGCUGUUGGGUUCACAAAAGAGGGCUCUCUGGUGCAUCUGCAGAUGCCAUGAGAAUAGCACAAGAUAUUGGCAAGGUCUGGAAAGAUGAUUUAAAGCAGAAAAAGCAAAAGGUCCCUACUCAUCGGAGAUGCAUUUCACAGUUCUGAAUUCAAAUUUGUUUGUCCUUUUGACACAUUGUAGAUAUAGUUUAUAAAUAACAACAUAAAAAUACCAGGAACAAAGAAGACAAGUAGCAUAGAGACCAGCCCUCUCCAAAAAGCCCAAGUUUUGAGAAUCUA